CCUAACAGAUCCAACUGUUUAUGCUUUAAAAGUAACAAAAAGCUCAUUGCUGUUAUGUUUUGUAAUACAGGUUUUUCUGACGUCAUAAGCACCAAAAUGUGGAGCUGCAGACCGGUGGUCCUCCUGCCUCUUAUCUUCUCAGUGUUUACUGCUGCUGGGCUUUGGAUUGUGUAUUUUGUAGCUCUCCACUAUGAGAAAGUGUUACCUCUGAGCUCAGCGUACAGAUAUGGAAAUACAUCUGAAUAUCCUCCUUUCAUAAGCCUAGCAGGCAAUUUUCCACCCGCCAGCUGCAUCUUCAGUCAGGUCAUGAACAUGGCAGCGUUUGCAGGGUUCAUCAUAGCCGUCCUCAGGUACCUUCAGCUGAAGACCAAAUUAGACAAGCAGUGGCUGAACAUUGCCACGUUUGCGUCUUUCUCAGUCGGCUGUUUUGGAACGACGAUUGUGGGAAACUUCCAGCUUCUGGAGAUGAUGUAUAUUCACGACAUUGGCACUUUGCUGACGUUUGGACCGGGCACCUUGUACUGCUGGACUCAGUCUUACAUCACGCUGAGAGUUAACCUGAAGAACGAGGGAAGGAAACUGGCUAUCUGUCGUUUCCUGCUGUCUGCAGCCAUCACUCUCUGCGUUAUAUUAUUGUACUCUCUGAUAAAGAUCUCAUACAUGCAUUCAGCUCGAUGCCAGUGGGCCCUGGUUAUGUUCUUCCUGAUCUUCUUGGGCACUUUUGCCAUCGACUUCCGUCACUCCCGCUUUGAGAUGGUUUGCAGAGACACCGUGAAGCUUCAGAAUCAGCCGGAUGCUUCCUAUGUGUCAGGCCACCAGCUUCAACAACUAUAGGAGUGCCACAAGGUCUUGUGCUUAAACACUUGCAAAUCAGACUAACAAAAAGAAUGAG